GAGAGAAAGAAGAUGAGGACGCAUGCGCUGCGCUUUUGUAGUGGUAGCCAACCAGUAAACGUUAGCGGUAUAAAAUACGUGGCAGAAAGCUGUCGAUAUGGAGGUUGCUGCUCUGCUUGUCUUGACUGUGUUGCUGGGUGCACUGAUUGUUCUAGUCGCAUUAGCAGUGGGCAGACGAAAAGGGGAGUUAAGAGAGGAGACGGACCUGGCAGAGGAGUUUGCCGCUGAAGGCAGUGGUGUGAAGGGCCCUGCAUCCAAGAAACAGAAGCCGGAGAAGCAGCGUAGCCGUAAGGAUAAAAGUUCACAGCACAGUUUCAGCCAUCCGCUGUUGGCAUCCUCACUGAAGGCCCACAGUGGGAAUGUGACAUGCCUUGAUUUCAGCAGUAAUGGGAAGUACUUGGCGUCCUGUGCUGAUGACCGCACUGUCCGCAUCUGGAGCACCAAAGACUUUCUGGAGCGGGAACACAAGUGUCUGAGAGCCAAUGUGGAGCUGGAUCAUGCUACACUGGUCCGCUUCAGCCCAGACUCCAGGGCAUUUAUCACCUGGUUGGCCAACGGAGACACCAUUCGAAUCUUCAAAAUGAUCAAAAAAGAUGACGGAACCUUCGGUUUCAAAGCUGCAGCUGAGGACUUCCCACAGAAACACAAGGCUCCUAUCCUCAACAUUGGCAUUGCAGAGACAGGCAAGUUCAUCAUGAGUGCCUCCACUGACACCACCAUCCACAUUUGGGACCUGAAAGGAGAGGUACUGGCUUCUAUCAACACUAACCAGAUAACCAAUUCUUAUGCAGCCAUCUCCCCAUGUGGCAGGUUUGUAGCGUCAUGUGGCUUCACUCCUGACGUGAAGGUGUGGGAAGUUUGCUUUGGAAAGGGAGGAGAAUUCAAAGAGGUGGCACGAGCGUUUGACCUGAAGGGCCACUCUGCAGGGGUUCAUGCAUUUGCCUUUUCCAAUGACUCUCACAGAAUGGUAACUGUCUCCAAGGAUGGUACAUGGAAGCUGUGGAACACGAAUGUGGAGUACAAAAAGCAGCAGGAUCCCUACCUCCUGAAGACUGUCCCCUGUGCGUCCUCUGAAGGUAGCCGGGUGGCCUUGUCUCCCGACGGCCGAGUGGUGGCCGUCAGUGACGGCUGUAAUGUAGCUAUGUACGAUACUGCCAGUGGCCAGCUGGAGGAGGAACUGCAUGGUGUCCACAGUGAGGAGAUCACCGAUGUUAAAUUUGACAUUAAUGGGCGCUUCUUGGUGUCCAGUGGUGACAAGGCCAUCCGAGUGCUUCACAAUGCCCCAGGCUACCGGGCAGCUAUCAGAGACAUGCAAGACAUGCUGAAGAAGGCCCAGAAUGAGGCCAUGAAGCAGAGACUGCAGCAGCAGAUCGGAGAGGCUCAGAGUGCCUUGGACACUGUGCUGGCUGCUCCUGUUGAUUGAAGGAGCCCUGAGAAAUAACACUGAUUGUUGUAAUGUCCAGCUUUGACUGCGGCUCUUUUUUUUUUGCAACCUCAGCUCCAUCUGCCACUAAAUAAUCUGAUCAGGGAAUAAUGGAAUAUGCAUGCCAUUUUAAUAAAGAAUAUCUUUUUAUGGAAAGAUUAAAAUG